AUGAAUCAUGGUAAAAAUUAUAAUCGCGGAACAAAUUUUUUCGGAAAGUACAUUCAAGAUUCUCCAGAAAAGGAACAAGACACAGGUGUAGACUUACUGUGCAAGAUGACAAAUAAAUUUCCGUGGCAGUUCAUCAAAUCCGGUUAUUCUAAUGCAAGUUCACCGGGCACCGCAUCUUCAGGAAGCAGCACGAACUCACAAUGUUACGGUCAAUCCCCAGAUGAUCUUAGCGUUGACUCGUUGCUUAACAGUCUGCUGCAAGUGGUGAAUGGUGAUAAUUUUAAUGGACCAGCCUCUUGCAAUAUUCAAUUCUCGCAAACUGGAAGUUCUAUUAACAACAGAUGCAAGGAUUGCUUUGACAUAACUUGCGAUUCGUGCUCUUCGGCUCGACUUUUGGUGAGCAUAGUUUCAUCUGCUAAUAUUGCUCGAUUUAUAGACAUUGCAAUUAAUAAUUAAAACGAAAUACCAAGCCCUCCAAUAAUCAACACGCCAAAUUUAACAUCUUCAGGACUACCUCUUUUUUGCGAUUUGCAUCGUGAUGCUCAAAAAUUUUAUUGUCAAACUUGUAGUAAGCCCCUCUGUGGUGAAUGUGGUAUUCACCAUCAUCACGGUCAUAUUACUGUGAAUUUAAUGGAAGCUGUUGAAGGUGCUGGAAUUCAAGCGAAUCAAGUAUUAAAAGAAGCUAAGCUUGGUAUUACAGCUCUCAGAGAAGAAUUAGACGCUGUACAAAUAGCAGCAGAAAUUUUGGAACAAAAAGCAAGACAAGCAACUACGGAUGUUAUGCUAUGCAUAAGGAGAGUGGCUUCUGCUUUAGAGACAAGAGAAAAAGAAUUGCUAGGUAGAAUUGAGAAAGCCAGGCUUCUUAAAUUUGCUGCGUUAAAAGCAAGAGACGAAGGUCUCAGAAAUGGGAUAAGCCGAUUAUCACGAGCUGCUGAUAAGCUUAACGAAGCAAUGGAAUCAAAAACUCUGACUAGCAAUCCAUUGAACUUGCUGUUAACUAAGGAUAUGGCUUCAGCAGAGGUUUUUCAAAUUCGCCAGAGUCGUCAAUCUCUUCCUUCACAAGAAGAGAACUGGAUUUCUUUCAACGGCUUGGAAGACACUAUAUUAAAUGCUAUAGCGAACCUUGGAGUCGUUGUGGUGAAUAAUCCGGGUCCUAUAGGUGAUCGACGAGCUGUGAGAGGCCGUGGAAAUUCACCUCAGAUAUUCCUCAGACAGACGGCCUCGAUCCCAUUGGUCUCAGUACCACGAGGAAGACCAGUUCCUUCGAAUAGUUUCCCAGUUACGGUUAGGAUAAAUCGCAGUUCCGAUUUGUCGGUGAAACCACUGAAAAUCAUUGGAAACGAUGGUGACGCGCAAGAUAAUCUUUGUCGACCUUGGGGGGUAGCAUGCGACAGAGAGGGGCACAUAGUUGUCGCAGAUAGAUCGAACAAUCGUAUACAAAUAUAUCGACAAGAUGGUUCCUUCCUGAGAAGGUUUGGUACUCAUGGCACUGCACCAGGACAAUUCGAUCGCCCGGCUGGCGUAGCAGUCGAUGCUCGCCGCCGUAUAGUUGUAGCUGACAAGGAUAAUCAUCGUAUACAGGUAUUGACGAUGGAAGGUUUAUUCCUUCUAAGUUUCGGUGAGAAAGGCUGUCGCUGUGGGCAAUUCAACUAUCCAUGGGAUGUGGCAGUGAACUCUGAAUGCCAAAUAGUCGUUUCCGAUACGAGAAAUCAUCGCGUCCAAUUGUUCAGUCCUGAGGGUGUUUUCCUCCGAAAGUACGGUUACGAGUCUGCACCGCACAUGUGGAAGUAUUUUGAUUCGCCGCGCGGAGUGGCGUUCAAUCCGGACGGCAAUGUAGUCACAACGGAUUUCAACAAUCACAGGGUAGUGAUCAUAGACGCUGACUUCAUGCACACCCGUAUUUUCGAAUGCGAGUGUGCAGGUGGUUCGAAGCAGUUCCUGAGACCACAAGGUCUGGUAAUCGACGACGAAGGUAAUAUUGUUAUAGCCGAUUCUAAAAACCACCGGGUACAAAUAUUCGAUUCGACCGGUGUGUUGAAAUGGCGAUUUGGUAGCUGUGGAAAAGGGGAAGACGAAAUGGACAGACCGUCCGGAAUAGCUUUGUGUCCUGAUGGUAGAAUUGCGGUUGUAGACUUUGGUAAUAAUCGAGUUCUUCUUAUUUAA